UUACGCGUGACGUGUGCCUCUAGUCUCGACCUUCCAGGAUGGGCUACGACCUACAGCGAUUUCAGGGAGACGUCGACGAAGAGCUCAUUUGUCCGAUAUGCGGCGGAGUGCUCGAGAGGCCCCAACAGGCGUCACGUUGCGAACACGCAUUCUGUGAGGACUGCAUAACAGAGUGGCUGAAAAGGCAGCCGUCUUGUCCGGUCGACAGGGGCACGAUAACGCAGCAGGAGCUCGUCCCGGCUCCUCGGAUACUUCGUAACUUGUUGGGAAGACUGACAAUCAGCUGUGACAAUGCAGAGUCGGGGUGUGAUGCUGUUGUGAGGUUGGACGCCUUGGAGAGUCAUUUGUAUGAGUGCAAGCACAAUCCUAAGAGACCUGUUAAGUGCGAGAAGGGAUGCGGAUUGCCUGUGGCGUUGGAUGAGUUAUCCAACCACAACUGUGUUUACGAAUUGAGGACUAAAGUAGAGGAGAUGGAGAAGGAAUUGCGUGAGCAACAGGUGAAGAUGGCCGAACAGCAGCAAGAGAUGAAACUUCUCAAGGAAGUCGUACGCAACAUCCGAGCCAUUCAGCUAGGCAACUCUGCCGAACCAGAAGAAGAGGACGCAGCCAGUCAAAUCUCGCGCUGGGUGACGUCCCUUCCAACUGCUAGAGUUAGCAGAUGGGGAGGAAUGAUAUCAACUCCUGACGCCGUUCUGCAGGCCGUCAUCAAACGAGCUCUCAUUGAAAGUGACUGUCCGUUGUGGCUUGUUAACGAACUAAUGGAGAAUGCACACGAAAGGAAGUGGCCUCCAGGACUGAGUUCACUAGAAACGAGGCAGAUCAAUCGGAGACGAUACGAACAGUUUAAUGCCAAACGAAUACCCGGGAAACAAGCAGUGGUAGUAAUGCAUUCAGAGAACGCCCACAUGGGUGACAGCAUGAUUUUAUAUCCGGGACUUGUCAUGAUUUUUGCUCAUGGCAUCGAUUGAUUGAAUGUGUACGAACGACGGAAACAUCUUUCUGUCAAUGUAAUUACGUACACUUACUUUCCAGACUCAAAAAGAAUUUUUAGUAAUAAGCAAUAGAUGAUGGACGGAUGCUCAAGCAAGUGUAUCUGUCUUAGAUUGUAGUUGCUUGAAAUGCUUCUUGUACAAUA